AUGAAGUGCUGGUGCGUGCACGCGCCAAGAGGAGCAAUGGCGACGCCGCUCUCCAGCCCGUUUGCUCCCACCACCCUCCACUCCCCUCUCCGGCACCGCGCCCUGCUGCUGCUGCUGCUGCCGUUCCCUCCCCGUGCGGCCUCCUCCGGCGAGGACACCGCAGCAGCCGACCAGGAGCAGACACCCCCGGCGGCCACCAAGACGGCCACCGCGGACGACGACUUCGAGCAGCGCGUCCUACAGAUCAAGUCCCGCGUCGGGCCCAAGAAGCGCGGCGCGCGCAAGAAGAAGGCCGCGGCGUCGUCCGCGUCCGCCAACGCCGUGACGCUCCCGCCCGUGCCGCUGCGGGAGCCCCGGUCGGCGCUCGGCGCGCCCGUCGAGUUCGGCUUCACCGCGUACAGCGAGCGGCUCAACGGCGCGCUGGCCGCGGUGGGGCUCGCCGCGGUGCUGCUCGUGGAGCUGGGCUCCGGGCAGGCCCUGGUGAAGUACCACCAGCCUGCCACGCUGUUCCUGCAGGCGUACACCAUCGCCGCGGCCGCCGCGCUGUUCGUCAAGUACGAGAAAGAGCGGAUCAGCACGUGGCCGGGGCCGCCGGCGAAGUGA